AUGAGUAAUAAUAACUCAUGUUCAGUUAUUGGUAUUGGUUCUGUUUCACUUAAGCUAGAAGAUGGAGGAAAGGAAGGCUAUUGUGAAGUAUUGAAGAAAAGUAAGCCUAUUUUCAGAGGGAUAAAAAUAAAUGGGGUCUAUGUUGUUCAAGGAGUUCAGAAAGUACAUUCAGCCUUAGUUGUGACUUCUAAAGAGCCUACUGAAGGAGAACUUUGGCAUAAAAGACUUUCUCAUAUUAGUGCCAAAGUUAUUCAAGCUCUUAACAACCAAGGAAUUCUACCUAAAGGAAUUCAUCGAAUCCUAUCCUUCUGUAAGCAUUGUGUGAUAGGUAAAGCAACUAGGCAGAGUUUUGUAAAGGCUCAGCAUACAACCAAGGUCAUCCUUGAUUAUGUGCAUUCGGACCUUUGA